AUGCACAGGUUGAUAUAUGUUCAAAAUCAAUAUAUUUAUGAUAAAAAAAAAAGCGCUAAUAUUAAAAUAAUAGAAGAAGAAAGAGAUAAACAUUUAUAUGUAAUUAAAAGUAUCCCUUUAAAAGGAAAGCAAUUAAAUGUUAAGAAAGAUACAGGAUUAUGUAAUAAAUAUAAUAUAAAUGACUCCUUAAAUUAUGAGAAGAAAAAAAAAGUGGAAUAUUAUACUAAUAAUAAACGUAAUCAUUUAAAUAGUAAGAAUAAUACAUUCUUUUUAUACAAUACAAAUAAUUCAAAUAAUGAAAAAAAUAUUUCUCAUAACAAAAAAAAACAAUUUAAAAAUAAUAACAUGUGUUACAUAAAUGUGAAUAACUCAUUUAAUAAUGAGGCAAAUGAUAUAAAGCAAAUUCGAACAAAUAGUUGUAUCAGUUAUUUAAAUAAAAUAAAAAAAAAUGGAAAUAAAUAUUAUCAUGCAUAUAAAAAUAUGUAUGGUAAGACAACACAAGUUGAUAAUAUGUAUAGAACAAAUAUAAGUACGACUUCCAAAAAAUAUAUGAAUAAUAAUAAUUCUUUUGGUAAAUAUAUGAUACAAAAUAUUAUAAACAAUAAUAUUUAUGGUGCAAAUAAUAAUAUAAAUUAUAAUAUUCAACAACUAAAUAUAAAUUGUAAUGAAAAAAGUUGUUUUCAUAAAUUAAAUAAAAGUGGUCUUAUAAAAACAUAUUCCUUUAAUAAUUAUAAUAAUCAUUAUGGCACAUAUAAAAAAAAACAAAUAAUAAUUAAAAAUAAAUCACUUAUACAACAAAAAGGGGGAAACAAUUAUAUAUAUAGGAACAAACAAGAAAAUACAAAUUAUUCACCAUGCUAUUACAUGAAAUGUGAAGAAAACAAAUCAAACCUUAGUUGUUAUAAAAAAUGUUGCUAUUUAAAAGAUUCUAGUGAUAAAUUAAAAACAAUAUAUACAAAUAAUAAAAAAUAUCAUUCCUAUAAAAACCUAGGUAACAUAAAAAGUACUCAAGGUUAUAGUCCAUUAUCCAGUAGAUCUAUACAUAAAUUUGAAGUAAAAAAAAAAAAUUUAUCGAACAUAAGAAAUUUGAAAUACUUUUAUAGGGUCCAUAAUAAUAAUAAUAAUAAAAAAAAAAGAAAAAAAAAAAAAAAAAAAUUUUUUUUUUGUUCUAUCUUUCGAUAUGAUAAUAUAAAAAGUAAUACGCUUCCUAAUAAAACAUAUCAUACGAAUGAUAAUAAUAAAAAAGAUAUGUCCCCCAAAACGAUAUCUUUAAUCAUAAAAAAGGAAAAUCCUACAAUAAGAAGAAAUAAAGACAACGAUGAUGACAACAUUAUUCCCAACAAUAAUUAUUUCAUUAAUCUAUUAGUAAGUGGUGAAAAGGAUGCAAAUCUACUUAUUGAAAAAGCAUAUAAAAAUAGAGAUGACUUAAUGAAACAUAUGAAUGAAAAAAUUGAAGAUGAAAUAAAUGAAUUCAGAAUUAAGGAACAUAUGAAAUAUGAACUAGGUUAUAAAAAAAUGGAAGAAGAAAUGAAAAAUUAUGAACUACUCAUACAAAAUGAAUUAGAUAAUAUGGAAUUACAAACAAAACAUAUUACAUUAAAUAUUGAAGAUAUAUCUGAUUAUGUAAUAAGACAUAUUAUUCAUGUGAAUUUAACUAUAGGAUAUAAUUUAUUAAAAGGAUUUCUACCUAUACAGAAUAUUCUAAAUAUUAAAUUAUCAUCUGAACAAGAAAUAUAUAUUAAUAAAAAAAAAAAAAAAAAAUAUAUAUUUUAA